ACGUGUUCCCGAACUCAAUGGCAAAGCAGUUAUGACUUCAUUGUUGUCGGCGCCGGAACUGCCGGUGCGGUUGUGGCCAACAAACUAAGCAAAUGCCAGUCCGUGCGGGUGCUGUUGUUGGAGGCGGGCGGGCCUCAAAACGCCACAUUUAAUGAUAUACCAGGGGAGUGGGAGAACAAUACGGAUCCCGUAAUUGUUGCCAAUAAUCCCAAAUAUCACGGAACUCGUGGUCCGAUUCAGAUAUCGUCGGCAAAAGAAUACAAUUCUUUGACUUAUUAUAUAAAGAAUUCUUUGAAUGAAUUAGGUUUUGAUGACACAGAUAUUAAUGGUCCGAAUCAGUUGGGAGUUAUGAGUCCACAAUCAUUUAUAAAUGUCGUGGGCUUUAGAUCGGGAACGGGUAAUGUGUUUGUAGACCCGAAUCCACACCCAAAUAAUCUUCAUAUAGUGUGCAAAGCAUUGGUCACUAAAAUACUGUUCAAUGGGUUGACAGCCAUUGGCGUCGAGUUUAUAGUGAAUGACAUCUCGUAUACGGUUUACGCCAACAAAGAAAUAAUUGUUUCCGGCGGGCCAAUAAACAGUCCACAGUUACUCAUGCUGUCGGGUUUAGGACAUCAAAAGCACCUUGCAAAUAUUGCCGACUUAUUCACACCCAUAGGCUGUCCGGUGUGUCCGGGAAAGUAUGGCUACGAAUGUGUAGAGGGUUUGCAAUGUUUUAUACGGUAUAAUACAAUAAGUGGUUUACAUCCGGGCGGCAGUUGUCGUAUGGGAGCGAUAGAGAGGCCGGACGUUGUGGUUGACCCCCAGUUGAGGGUUAAGGCCAAACGACAGCUCAUUCACGACAACACUUGUGCCCGAACUCAAUGGCAAAGCAGUUAUGACUUCAUUGUUGUCGGCGCCGGAACUGCCGGUGCGGUUGUGGCCAACAAACUCAGUGCCGGUCACACCGCAAGGGUGUUGUUGUUGGAGGCGGGAGGGCCUCAAAGUGCUGUUUAUAAUGAUAUACCGGGAAUGGUUUUUGAAGGAAAUGCACUCAAUGUAAAUGAGUGGAUUUAUUAUAAUAAACCUAAAAGUAACUUUGGCGUAAGUUAUGCUGGGGGUCGGGUGCCUGAGAAUAAAGGUAAAACAUUGGGCGGUUGUUCAGCACAUAAUGACAUGAUAUUCAAUCGGGGCAAUAGUCGUGGUUAUGACGAGUGGGCCAAUACGUACGGCGCCGUCGGUUGGAGUUAUAGGGAUGUGUUGCUGGUGUUCAGGGAGUGGGAGAACAAUACGGAUGCAGUAAUUGUUGCCAAUAAUCCCGGAUAUCACGGAACUCGUGGACCCAUUCAGAUAUCGUCGGCAAAAGAUUUCAGUCCUUUGACUUACGAUAUGAAGAAUGCUUUGAAUGAAUUAGGAUUUAAAGACACAGAUAUUAAUGGACCAAAUCAGUUGGGAGUUAUGAUACCUCAAUCGUUUAUUACUGCUCAGGGCUUUAGGGCGGGUAUGGGUACUGUGUUUGUAGACCCAAACCCAUAUCCAGAUAACCUGCAUAUAGUGUGCAAAGCAUUGGUCACUAAAGUGCUGUUCAAUGGGUUGACAGCCAUUGGCGUCGAGUUUAUAGUGAAUGACAUCUCGUAUACGGUUUACGCCAACAGAGAAGUCAUUGUUUCCGCCGAUUUAAUAGUGGAGGCACUAUUAGAUGCGACGGCAUUUGCAUUUUUCAUGCUCGAGCACUCGGCUAUUGCCAACUAUGUAGUGAUGCCCGACUUGUUUACACCCAUAGGCUGUCCGGUGUGUCCGGGAAAGUAUGCCUACGAAUGUGUGGAGGGUUUGCAAUGUUUUAUACGUUAUAAUACAGGAAGUGGUUUACAUCCGGGCGGCAGUUGUCGUAUGGGAGCGAUAGAGAGGCCGGACGUUGUGGUCGACCCCCAGUUGAGGGUUAAGGGUAUUAAAAACCUGCGGGUUUGCGAUUCAUCGGUAUUCCCAGUGCUUCCCAACUCUAACACCGCUUCGGCCUCAAUAUUAGUGGGCUAUCGAUGCGCACAAUUUAUUAAAGACACGUACAUGCUUAAUUAA